GUGAGAAGCUGCUGCAAAAGCACCCGUGCAUGGGGGUGUGGGGCUGCAAUGAUGAGUCGUUUUCUGAAUGUGCUUCGCAGUUGGCUUGUCAUGGUGGCUGUCAUCGGCAUUGGAAACACAAUACAGAGCUUUAGAGAUCACAGCUUCUUGUCAGAGAAAAUCUACACUGGCCAACCAGCACUGGUGAAUGGGCUGCAGGCCCGGACGUUUGGCACCUGGGUUCUUCUCGCCUCCAUCAUUCGCUGCAGCUGUGCGAUGGAUAUUCACAAUACCACAUUAUAUCACAUCACGCUAUGGACCUUUGUAUUAGCUCUGGGCUACUUCCUGUCAGAAGCCUUUGUCUACGGCACAGCUCCCAUUGCAAUCGGCGUCCUGGCCCCACUCCUCGUGGCAAGUUUCUCUAUUCUGGUAAUGCUGAUCGGGCUACAGUUUCUGCAGAAACAGGAAUCAUCAGCUGGAAGUUCCGUAAGACACAAAAAAAGGAUCUAGAUGUAUUGCCCCUGAGCUACACACUCACUUAUCCAGGGUCUUGCUCACCCCAUAAUAAAGACUAAAAUAUA